AUGCUUAGAUUUAUAGAGUUUAUCGUAAUGGAUCCAGAACUGCUACGACAACGUGCCGCUUUCCAAAAGCAUGCAGCACGAACAGUAUCCGUUCAACAACGUCCACAAAUACAGUUGCCGUCGCCGUCAGCCAGCCAUACAACUUACAAUGCUGAAGCAGCCAAAAAGAAGAAAAAGCCAGCUCAACCUUCGUCCAAACCAGUUCUACAAUCGCAUCAUUUAGCAGCAGAACUCGAUUUUCGAACAGCAGUAUCACACAGUAAUGCUGCGAAUUUUGGUACGAUGGCCAAGAUUGUCGACUACAUGAAGAAACGACAUCUUAGCCAACAACAAUGGCCGCUUUCAUUGCAAGAGAUUUUGGAUGAAUUACAAGUUUAUGAUUUGCCGAAAAGAUCUGAAGCAUGGUUGAGAGAGGCACUUCCAAAAAACCCACGAUUAAAUUGCGAUGAAGAGUCGAAGUUUUCGUACAAACCGCCCUACAAAAUCAAAGGGAAAACAUCCUUAGUGGCGGUUGCUAAAAAACACCACCAAGAUGUGAAGGGAGGUAUUCUGUUGUCCGAACUGAAUGAUUGUAUCCCAAAUGGUGAAAAAGUGUUAGAGGUUAAUCUUUCUCAUAUUUCAUCAGGCUGCAUCAUCAUACUUAAUUUUAAA